AUUAAAAAUCAUGAGUUUCUUAGAUCAAUUAAAAAGUAAAAAAAAAAGUUUAAAAAGCGUUGAAACAAAAGUAAUUACAGAAAGUGGUCUUAUUUUUAAAGAAAUAAAAUUAGCAGAUGGUUUUAAAAAACAAUGUUUGUUAAACGAACAAUCUUAUGGUUUUAUUGUUGAUUCAAAUCCAGAUCUUAAUGCUGGCCAUGUGUUUGAGUUUUUAUAUUUUGGCUCACAAGAUAUUGCUUGUGAUCCAAAUAUUUUAAAUGCAUUACAAAUAACUGAUGUAUUAAGUAUUGGUGUUACAGUACCCGAGUACAAUAAUUAUAUGUACAAAUUUAUUGAAGCCUAUGAUUUACCAUCAUUCAAUAUGAAUAGUAUUUUUAAUGAAUGUUUUUUAUACAUUGAAACUAUUCGUCUACAGAAUCGUCGUGUAUUUAUUCAUUGUAAUGCUGGUAUAUCUCGCUCACCAACAAUUGUUAUAGCAUAUGUUAUGAAGCAUUUAAAAAUUGGUUUUGAACAUGCUUUCAAACUCGUUAAAGAAACAAGAUUAACUAUUAAUCCUAAUGCUGGUUUUCUUUCUCAAUUAAAAGAUUAUGAUAAUUAUUUAAAAAAUAAUUUGUAUCUGUAAAUUUAAAAUAUAUUUUUGUUUAUAAUUUAAUA